AGCAGCCUUUGUCGUGCAUUGCCAGUGCUUGGCAGCUAUAAUAUCCUCUGAAUCAUAGACCGUAUGAAUCCAAUGUGGCAGUAGCGAGUUUUUGUUCAGGCUUCUCGACGGGCAACUCAGGAUCGACUACGGCCCCCUGCUUUGAAUGAACUGUGCCAAGCUCUCCGCCGCAGAUUCAGCUUCAGCCCGCGGAUCCGAAGCUCCUACAAUUCUCUCACUCUUCAACAGACCAAGCAGAAAACAUGAUGGGCUUCGCUGCAACCAAUCACAGCCUGUGCUCAUGAAACGGCCCCCUUCUUUCCCCAACGCCCGCCCGGUGUUCCCCGCGUGCUUCCAGGCGGGUAAGAUCCAGACGCUGACGGAGGAGGAGAGAGCCCACCUCCUCCCGCUCCUCCGCAACGCCCAGUGGGUGGAGGCCGGAACGAGGGACGCCAUCUACAAGGAGUUCAUCUUUAAAGACUUCAAUCAGGCGUUUGGCUUCAUGUCCAGAGUGGCGCUACAAGCGGAGAAGAUGGACCAUCACCCAGAAUGGUUCAACGUCUACAACAAGGUUCAGAUCACACUCAGCACCCACGAGUGUGGGGGUCUGUCCCAGAGGGACAUCACGCUGGCCACCUUCGUCGACCAGGCGUCCCUCAUGUGAGCGACAGCUGAAACCCUAAAAAAAAAACAGUUUCCUGUCGUCAUUCCAGUUCAGAAAAAACCUAAACCAAAAGCCUGCAGUGACUGAAACGGUGUUGUGUACUGGUGAGAGUGUCUGAGUGUAUAUAAAGGAAGAUUAUGAGAGAAUGAAUAAAGGAUUACAUACAGGAUUACUCACAGGAUGUUACUGGUGUUAUAACCCGACUGUCCCAUCUGGGAUCAAUUAAGUAGACCUUGUCUAAGCAUUUCUUUGCUUAGGCACAAGUCAAUUGUUUUUAUGUAAAACAUGUGCCUUUCCAUCUGUCUGUAUUUGUUCAAAAAUGUUAAAGUGCUGAAAUAAAGGUUUUUUUCCAAAA